AUGCUUGGCAUCACCGCUACAAAUGACGAGAAUUCCAUUCCAAGCAGCCCUGCCAUAUCGACCGGCUCCGGUACCCCUAAAUCCAAGACUAUCGAGGAAAUCUAUCAGAAAAAGUCACAACUUGAACAUAUCUUGCUUCGACCCGACACAUAUAUCGGUUCCGUUGAAGAGCAGAAGCAAGAGAUGUGGAUCUAUGAAAACGAAAAGAUUGUUAAAAAGGAGAUUUCCUUUGUACCUGGUUUAUAUAAGAUUGUCGACGAAAUUCUCGUUAAUGCUGCAGACAAUAAGAUUCGUGAUCCCCAAAUGUCGGAAAUGCGUGUCGAAGUUGAUCGUGCAGAGAACCGUAUUUCAGUCUGGAACAACGGUCUAGGUAUUCCGAUCGAAAUUCACAAAGAAGAGAAAAUCUACGUUCCUGAAAUGAUCUUUGGUCAUUUGCUGACUUCAUCAAAUUAUGAUGAUAAUGAGGAAAAACUCUUCGGUGGACGUAACGGUUAUGGCGCCAAACUUUGUAAUAUCUUCAGCACCGAGUUCAUCAUCAGGACGGCGGACAAGGAGAGAGGGCUCAAAUAUGAGCAAGUGUUCAACGAUAAUAUGUCCAAGAAGAAGGCACCAAAGAUCACAAAGAACAGCAAGGGUGAAGAGUACACGGAAAUCAUCUUCAAGCCAGAUCUCAGCAAAUUUGGCUUGACCGAGUUAUCGGAAGAUUUCGUGAAACUUCUACAGAAGAGAGCCUACGACAUGGCUGGAUGUGUUAAACGUGAACCUAAGCCUAUCAGAGUGAAGUUUAAUAAGGAAAAAAUUGCAAUCAACGACUUCAAAAAGUACGCCCAGCUCUAUACAGAUUCAGAAGAACCAACCGAUGGUGCCGAAGCACAGAAAAAGAAUAUCAUGUUCGAUGAUGGUGCAAAGAACGAACGUUGGCAAGUUGGAUUUUCUAUCAGUGAGGGACAGUUCACUCAGGUCAGUUUCGUCAACAGCAUUUGUACAUCAAAAGGUGGAACACACGUCAAUGAUGUCGCCGAUAAAAUUGCAAAUAUCAUCAAAAAGAAAGUGGAUUCGAUGAGGAAAAAUGACAAGAGUAACAUCAAGACAUUCCAAAUCAAAAAUCACAUGUGUUUGUUCAUCAACUGUCUUAUUCCCAAUCCGUCCUUCGACAAUCAGACCAAGGAUACGAUGAAUUUACACAGAUCCAAAUUCAUCAAAACAAGCGAGUACACACCAAGCGAAGGAUUUAUCAAGAAAAUUCUGAGCAGUGGCAUUUGUGAUAAGGUCAUCAAAUGGGCAGAGUUCAAACAGUCACAGCAAAUGACCAAGGCUGAUGGAACCAGGAUCGAAAGACGUAUCAAUGUCCCAAAGCUCGACGAUGCCAAUCUAGCGGGAGUGAAGGGACAAGGCAAACAUUGCACGUUGAUUUUGACCGAAGGUGAUUCCGCUAAGGCGCUUGUGUUAGGUGGUCUCUCUGUUGUAGGAAAGGACAAAUUCGGUGUAUUUCCUUUGCGCGGUAAACUGUUGAACGUACGUGAUGCGUCUCAGUCGCAAAUCAUUGGCAACGCUGAAAUUCAACAUAUCAAGACAAUCCUUGGAUUGAAACAUGGCAAGCAUUACACUAGUGUUGAUGAAUUAAGAUAUGGCAGUCUUAUGAUCAUGACUGAUCAAGAUCAUGACGGUUCUCAUAUCAAGGGAUUGAUCAUCAACUUCAUCGAUCAAAUGUUUCCUUCGUUACUGGACAUUCCUGGCUUUUUACUCGAGUUCAUUACUCCCAUUAUAAAGUGCAAGAGGAAAGGAAGAGAUGAAACCAUUUCGUUUUAUACUAUACCAGAGUACCAGGCAUGGGCAUUGGCUCACAACAAAAACAAAGAGUGGACACCAAAGUAUUUCAAGGGUUUGGGAACUUCAGAUAGAAAGGAUGCAAGAGAGUAUUUUAAAAAUUUGGAUCUACACAAAAAGACUUUCUGUGUGCCAGAAGCUGGCGAAAGAGAAUUGAUUGACAUGGCAUUCAAUAAGAAGAAGACAGCUGAAAGAAAAGAGUGGCUCGCUCAGUAUGAGCCUGGUAUUUUCAUGGACAACAGUGUGAAAGAGAUCCGUUUAUCCAACUUUAUCAAUCAAGAACUCAUGCUUUUCAGUAUGGCAGAUAACAUCAGAUCGAUUCCUUCCAUGGUAGAUGGCUUCAAACCUGGUCAACGCAAAGUACUGUUUGGUACAAUCAAAUCUCGUAAACGUGGCGAAAUGAAGGUUGCGCAAUUAGCAUCCGCCGUGUCUGAAAUCACUAGGUAUCAUCACGGAGAACAAAGUGUGCAAGCUACUAUUGUAGGUAUGGCGCAGGACUUCGUCGGAAGCAACAACAUCAAUUUGCUGGUGCCCUCUGGUCAGUUUGGUACUCGUCAUCAGGGAGGAAAAGAUGCUGCCAGUGCUCGUUAUAUCAACACCAAGCUAUCAAAGAUCUCCAGAACCGUCUUCCAUGUAGACGACGAUCCUUUAUUGCAAUAUGAGAUAGAGGAAAACAAAUCCGUUGAGCCAAAAUGGUAUAUACCUAUUCUUCCCAUGGUACUCGUGAACGGUGCGGAAGGUAUCGGUACUGGUUGGAGUACUUCAAUUCCAAACUAUAAUCCAAAGGAUAUUGUGGACAAUUUGUUCAGAAUGAUGGAAGACGAAGAAGUUGUUCCAAUGAUACCAUGGUAUCGCGGUUUCAAGGGAGAAAUAUCAAAUGCUGGGGAUAAUAAAUUCGGUGUAUCUGGAAUUGCCCAGGUCAACGAUGAUGCUACUGUUACCAUCUCUGAGCUGCCCGUUCGAAUGUGGACUCGUCAGUUCAAGGAACAGCUAGAAAUGAUGCGUGAUCCUAAAGACAAGAAGCCAGAAGUGACUAUUCAGGAUUUCUUCGAUAACUGCACUGACAGCUUUGUAGAAUUUACUCUAUACCUUUCCGAUGACGCUUUGGCCAAAGUAGACAGACAAGGCCCAUUAGCAACUUUCAAGCUCCAGAAUAACAUCACCACUAGCAAUAUGGUGUGCUUUGAUAGCGAAGGACGCCUAAAGAGAUAUGACUCGGCAGAGUCCAUUCUGAAGGAAUUCUAUGACCUGCGUUUAUCUUAUUACCAAAAGCGAAAGGCUCGCUUGCUUGAACGACUUCAGGAUGAAUAUGAGCGCUUAGACAACAAGUCCAAGUUCAUUGAACUUGUGAUUGAGAAGAAGCUUGUUUAUGUGAAUCGCAAUGAACAAGAUGUCAUUAAAGACUUUGAGAAAUAUGAUCUUAAGCGCAUCUAUCCCAAGAAGGACGUCAAGCAUGAUAUUCUCGCCCAAGAAGACGACGAACGAGAGGAAUCUCCAUCUGAUGAACAAAUCUCAUCGACAAAUGAUUCAGGUUACGACUACUUAUUUGAAAUCAAUGUCAGAGGAUUUACCCGCCAAAAGGUUAGUGCCCUUCGAAGGCAGCGUAUGAAGAAGAUGGAGGAGAUUCAGAUUUGCCUUGAUAAGUCGCCAAAAACUUUCUGGAAGGAUGAUCUGACACUCUUCCUUAAAGAAUGGGAGGUAUGUUGA